UUUCUGUUCCCUGUACCAAAGCUUCUCUCACUCCCUGCAAACAUCAAAGCUAUAGCUCUGAAAGUAAAAUAAAAUCCCGGAAACCUUUGCUUUAAAUAGGAUCUGGGUGUAUGUCAUCUAGUCUGGUAAGCUGCUGUUCUAGCUGGUCAUUAAGCUAGGUUGGAGUGGUAGAGUAAAUGACAGUAAUGGAUGCACAGAACCCUCUUCUAGGAGAAACCACCCGUGGCACAUUACUGCAGAAACUGCAAGAAAUAUGGAAUGAAGUUGGCGAAUGUGAUGAAGAGAGAGAGAAGAUGCUUCUGCAGAUAGAACAAGAGUGCUUGGAUGUGUACAAGCGGAAGGUUGAGCAGGCUGCAAAAUCCAGAGCAGAACUUCUUUUGACCUUGUCGGAUGCUAAACUUGAACUUUCCACACUUGUAGCAGCACUUGGAGACAAAAGUUUUCUUGGCGUUGACACUGUUAAGGCAUCAGGGACAAUCAAGGAGCAACUUGCUGCUAUAGCACCUGCGCUUGAACAGCUGUGGAAACAGAAAGAGGAGAGAGUUAAGGAGUUCUCCGAUGUACAAUCACAGAUUCAGAAAAUAUGUGGGGAAAUUGCAGGGAGCACCAGUGAGCAGACCGGUGCUCCCGCUGUUGAUGAGUCUGACUUGUCUCUGAAGAAGUUGAAUGAAUAUCAAGCAAAGCUCCGAGAACUUCAAAAAGAGAAGAGUGACCGGCUACAUAAAGUCCUUGAUUUUGUUAGCACUGUGCAUGAUCUCUGUGCUGUCCUUGGAGUGAACUUCUUUAGUACUAUAACUGAAGUUCAUCCAAGCUUAGAUGAAGCCACAUAUGUGCAGUCAAAAAACAUCAGCAAUGAAACACUAUUAAGGUUGGCGAAGACAGUCUCAGAUUUAAAUGAAGAUAAGAAGCAGAGGCUUCAUAAGCUUCAGGAGUUGGCAACUAAGCUAAUUGAUCUUUGGAAUUUGAUGGACGCUCCUGAAGAUGAAAGGAGAUUAUUCGACCAUGUUACCUGCAACAUCUCUGCUUCAGUUGAUGAAGUGACUGUUCCUGGUGCUCUUGCUCUGGAUCUGAUUGAACAAGUAGAGGUACAAGUUGAAAGGCUUGAUCAGCUAAAGUCAAGCAGAAUGAAGGAACUUGCUUUCAAAAGGCAAGUGGAGCUUGAGGAGAUAUUUGCCCAUGCUCAUAUAGAGAUAGAUCCAGAGGCUGCUAGGGAGAAAAUUAUGGCUCUGAUUGAUUCUGGGAAUGUUGAGCCUACUGAGUUACUAGCUGAUAUGGAUAAUCAGAUCACAAAAGCAAAAGAAGAAGCCCUUAGUAGAAAAGAAAUAUUGGAUAGGGUUGAAAAAUGGAUGUCAGCUUGUGAAGAAGAAAGUUGGCUUGAUGACUACAAUCGGGACGAUAACAGGUAUAAUGCAAGCAGGGGUGCACACUUAAAUCUCAAGCGUGCCGAGAAAGCUCGUAUUCUGGUCAACAAAAUUCCAGGUAUGGUCGACACUUUGGUUGCCAAAACACGAGCUUGGGAGGAAAAUCGUGGCAUAGCAUUUAAAUACGAUGGUGUGCCUCUCCUUGCCAUGCUAGAUGAAUAUGCCAUCCUCAGGCAAGAAAGGGAAGAAGAGAAAAGGAGGCUUCGGGAUCAGAAGAAGUUUGGCGAGCAGCAAAUCACAGAACAACAAGAAGCCAGCUUCAGUUCAAGGUCAACCCCUACUCGAUCAGCUGGUACAAAGAAGGUGGCGGGGUCUCGAGCAAAUGGAGCCCCUAGCAGACGGUUGUCUCUAAGUGCCAGUCAGAAUGGAAGUAGAUCUACCAGUAAAGAUGGGAAGAGAGACAGUAUGAGGCUGCCGGCCCCUGCCAACUUUGUUGCCAUAUCAAAGGAGGAUGCAGCGUCCCAUGUUUCUGGAACCGAUCCUGUUCCGGCAUCACCCUAAUAAUAAAUUUAGAUGUUUUACACCGUCUUCUUAACUAGUGUUAUUACCCGAUAUUGUUUAGUAUAUCGGUCCAAAGUUGAAGAGCUUUUGUAGUAAUAUAGUGAGUGACUAUAGAGUAUACCGUUAUUAGUUGUGUAGUAUUGUGAUGCUUGACAUUUUCAAGCUGGUUUCCUAUAAAUGUUGUCUCA